AUGAAGGGAAACACUGUCAUCAACGCACAAAAACCCUGCCAAGCACAGUGUGGUGGUGCCCGCCUGUUGUCCCUGCACCUGGGAGGCCGAGACAGGAAGAUUGCAAGUUUGAGCCCACCUUGGGCUAGCUACAUCCGGCAGCUCCCAGUGUCUGCCAUCACUGGGUCCCACGCCGUGCGGCUUUGGCCUGGCUGCUGUUACUGCUCCCUUACGUUUCGUGACCCGCUCCAGCGCUCAGCAGCCAGCAUCCAGCCAUGCCCGGGUUGCUGUGUCUCAGUCUCCAUCCUGUCUUUGCCACAGACGCACCUGCUGUCCAGACUGCCGGUCCCUGACAGCCAGGUCAUCACCAUUGACCCCCAGCUGCCUGUGGAGGCGGCGGCCGAGGACUAUGCCAGGAAGCUGAGGCAGGCCUUCCAGGGAGAUGCUGUCCCGGUGUUCGACCUCCUGCUCCUGGGUGUGGGCCCGGAUGGCCACACCUGCUCGCUCUUCCCGGACCACCCACUGCUGCAGGAGCGGGACAGGAUUGUGGCCCCCAUCAGUGACUCCCCGAAGCCCCCGCCGCAGCGUGUGACUCUGACGCUCCCCGUGCUGAAUGCAGCCAGGACUGUGGUAUUUGUGGCAACCGGGGAAGGCAAGGCCUCUGUGCUGAAGCGCAUCCUGGAGGACAAGGACGGGGCGCCACUGCCGGCUGCGCUGGUGCAGCCGCACACAGGGACGCUGCGCUGGUUCCUGGACGAGGCUGCUGCGCGCCUCCUGUCUGUGCCCUUUGAGAAGCACUCGACGCUGUAACCCCAGAGGUCACCGAGCAGUGAUCCCGCCCCCACUUCCCGUCGGAAAAGACCGGCGGCAGGGAGUCGCCCACGCUGGCCGCCGAGGCCUGAUUAAAGGGCGUUGCCGGAAACC